UCAGAAGCGCUUCCGGUCAGGAUCGGAUGGAUUAUGGAUAACUCAUCUCAUAUCUUUCAUGUGUUUACUUUAUUCUGAAGAGAAAAAGACAGAUCUGCUCUGAUUCUUAGACUACAUUUUAUAUGUGUCUGUAACGUGAAUACGUGUCAUUUUUACGUUUGUCUCACGACGUCAGAUUUAGACUCGACAGGAAGUGUUUAGUGAAACUGCUGAAUGAUUUCCUUAGCGUAGGAUCAUAACAAUAUAACGAUAUUCUGCGGUUAUUUCUGACUCCGGCCGGCAGGAUAGUUCAGUGAACCUGCCGCUGUUCUGUGGAUAAGCGGGUUUAUAUCAUGGACACUGGCCGCCUGUCUCACUCUGGGCUAGUGCUAACGCUGGAUUAAACGCUGUCUCUGCGAUGCUAACGGCUGUCCGGUGAAUGCGGUGUGUGUGAGGCGAUGAGCCCCCAGAAGAAGAUGAAGAAGAGGAAGGAGCUGAACGCGCUGAUCGGCCUGAGCGAGACCCGCAGGAAGAGCAAACACCGGCUCCUGCGCUCAGAGCCGCCCGACAGCCAGAGCGACGAGUCCGGCUCAGAGGAACGCGAGUUCCCCGGCGGCCCGAGCGGCCUGUUCGGCGCGAGUUCAGUGCAGUGCUGCUCUCUCUGUUAUCCUCUGUGUGUGUUUAUCCUGCUGGCCGCCUGCAUCAUGGCGUGUGCUGGACUCAUCUGGAUGCAGAUCGCACUCAAAGAGGACCUGGACUCCCUGAAGGAGAAGAUCCGCACCAUGGACAGCAGUCAGAAGCUGUCGUCGCACGAGAUCCUGACGCUCAGUGAAGAGCUGAAGGCUGGACAGAUGAAGCUGGAGGACAUGGAGAGCGGAGAGAGAGGCCUGGUCAAGCUCUGGUCCAACCUGACCGACAUCAGCCAGAAGCUCAGCGCUCUGGAUUCAGCUGUCAAUCAUCUGAAGGCCAACAUCAAGUCCUCCUCGGAUCUGCUGGCUCUUCCCAGGAGUGUGGAGGAGCUGCAGAAGAGCGUGGCCUCCAUUGGCAGCACCGUCACCAGCCUCCAGCAUGAUGUCACCAUGAUACAGACUGUGCAGGACGAGCGAAGAGAAGCACAGGAUCAGCUCAAAGACACCACGAUUGGAGGGAUCCCGGUGAACGACAGCAGCUGGACAGCACUGAAGCAGGACGUGCAGUGUGUUCAGGACGGAGUGAGCGAGUUGAACAGCUCUCUGCUGCUCCAUCAGUCCUGGUGCCGUGAGCAGAUCCAGAGCGUCCACUUCCUGCUGUCCAACCUGAGCCGCUGGGUGUCUGUGCUGGAGUCAGGAGCAGAGCCGUCGACAGCACCGGCCGGCCGUCAGCUCCAGAGCAGCGCAGACGCAGGUUCCCCCCCGCCCCGCCGGCCCAGGUCUCCCAGGUCUCUGUCCCCCAGGCGGCUCAGAAGAGGACGGGCCGUGACGUUCCCCGUGACAGAUGUGGAGCAGCUGCUGUCUCCAGGCCAGCAGGAGGAGAGGUCAGAGGUCAGCCGCCAGUGAGGCUUCCACACACGUUCAUGUGGGAUAAGAGUGAGUCUCAUAGUCCUGUCGGGAGCAGAUCCGGAGCGGAUGAAGCCCAGUGUACGGGAGCAUGAAGAUCCCCGUAUUUCAGCCUGAAUCCCCAACACACACACCGCUAGCGUUUGCCUGUCUUGCUGACUUACACGCGCCCGUUUCCCAGAAACACCCAGUCAAGAGAUUCAGCAGACGGCAGAAGACGCAUUAAUGAGGAGCUUCAGUUCCCUCUGAUUUCUGCUAACCUGGACGUGUUCAGUGAGAUCCACUCUUAUAUUAAUCAUGUCUCUGAGGGCAAAUGAAGAUCGUUUUAAACUACACUACUGUCAGAUCCAGCAAUACUAUGAUGACCCAUAUGUCUGCUUUUAGGGGAUGUAAUCAGAUAUAUUUAUGAUAAUAUAAUGCCAUGCACUCAGCUACUUGUCUUUGAUCAGAUGUAGGUUUUAAUUUAAAGUUCAUCAGCACUGUGUGUGUGUGUGUGGGAAUGUGUUCCUCUGGUUUCUCAUGCACUGAUUUUGUGUGUGUGUGUGUGUGUGUGUGUGGGAGUGUCUAUCUUCUGGUUUCUCCUUUACCAAGUGUGUGUGUUUCUGCAGACUGAAGGCCUUGCAAACACUGCUCUAGUUUUGUUCUUCUUCAGACUCUGCUGUCGCUUUAUAAACCAGAUGAAGUGUAAAUAUUGUAGAAUCGAGGGUAACUGGAAGCAGUAGGAGAUGUGAUGAUGAAAUGGUGAGUUUGCAGUGCAUGUUCUCUGUAAUGUAACCUGAAUAAAGGCUGAUUUUACUGAA